AUGGAAUUCCCUUUCGGAUCUCUGGGAACUACCAACUUCCGUCGGUUCACUCCAGAGUCACUGGUGGAGAUUGAGAAGCAAACUGCAGCAGAGCGGGCAGCAAAGAAACCCAGAGAUAAGCACAAGGAGCGGAAGGAUGGAGAAGAGAAACCUCGGCCCCAGCUAGACUUGAAAGCCUGUAACCAGCUGCCUAAAUUCUAUGGCGAGCUCCCAGUAGAACUGAUCGGGGAGCCCUUGGAGGAUCUGGACCCUUUUUACAGCACACACUGGACAUUCAUGGUGCUGAACAAGGGGAGGACCAUUUUCCGGUUUAGUGCCACUAGGGCCCUGUGGCUAUUCAGUCCUUUCCACCCGAUCAGAAGAACGGCCAUCAAAGUUUCUGUCCAUUCAUAUCCUUUAUGGUUCACUUUAUUUAUAACAGUGACUAUUUUGGUUAACUGUGCAUGCAUGACCAAAUCGGAUCUUCCAGAGAAAAUCGAGUAUGUCUUCACUGUCAUUUACACUUUUGAAGCCUUGAUAAAGAUACUAGCAAGAGGAUUUUGUCUAAAUGAGUUCACUUACCUGAGAGAUCCUUGGAACUGGCUGGAUUUUAGUGUCAUUACCCUGGCAUACAUUGGCAUAUUAAAAGAAGACUUACGAGGAGUCUCAGGCCUGCGGACAUUCAGAGUUCUUAGAGCUUUAAAAACAGUUUCUGUGAUCCCAGGACUGAAGGUCAUCGUGGGAGCACUGAUCCACUCGGUGAAGAAGCUGGCUGAUGUGACCAUCCUCACCAUUUUCUGCCUGAGUGUCUUUGCUCUAGUGGGCCUACAGCUCUUCAAGGGCAACCUCAAGAACAAAUGUGUCAAGAACUGCAUGCUUCUUAAUGGGACUGCCAAUUACUCUGAUAAGAUCCAUGAGUGGAAUUUCUGCCAUAAGGGUAAAGAUUUCCAAAUCAAUAAGCCGGGAACUUCUGAUCCCUUACUAUGUGGCAAUGGAUCUGAUGCAGGUCACUGCCCUGAAGGUUAUUUCUGCCUUAAAACAACUGAAAACCCGGACUUUAACUACACCAGCUUUGAUUCCUUUGCCUGGGCUUUCCUGUCACUGUUUCGCCUCAUGACACAGGAUUCCUGGGAACGCCUCUACCAGCAGACCCUGAGGGCUUCUGGGAAAAUCUAUAUGGUCUUUUUUGUGCUUGUCAUCUUCCUGGGAUCUUUCUAUCUGGUCAAUCUGAUCUUGGCUGUGGUCACAAUGGCAUAUGAGGAGCAGAAUCAGGCUACCCUUGACGAAAUUGAAGCAAAGGAGAAGAAGUUCCAGGAGACCCUUCAGAUGCUCCAAAAGGAACAGGAGGUACUGGCAGCGCUAGGGAUUGACACAGCCUCUCUCCACUCCCGCAACGGAUCACCUUUAACCUCCAAAAACACCAGUGAGAAAAGGCACAGGGCAAAGCCAAGAGUGUCAGAAGUCUCCACAGAUGACAACAAAUCACCCCAAUCUGAGGCCUACAACCAGCACAGGAUGUCUUUCCUAGGCCUUGCCUCUGGGAAACGCCGGACUAGCCAUGGCAGUGUGUUCCAUUUCCGAGUUCCUAGCCGAGACUUCUCGUUUCCUGAUGGUGUCACAGAUGAUGGAGUCUUCCCUGCAGACCGUGAAAGCCAUCGGAGCUCUCUGUUGCUGGGUGGGGGUGCUGGCCAGAAAGACCCCCUCCCUAACAGCUCAAUUCCUCAACUCUACAACUCUGGCUCUGGGUAUGGAGAAGAUGGACACCCCACACUGCCCACUAGUGAGCUAGCCCCUGGAGCCAUGGAAACCUCGGCACUCGACACAGGGCAGAAGAAUUUCUUGUCAGCAGAAUACUUGAAUGAACCUUUUCGAAUCCAAAGGGCAAUGAGUGUUGUCAGUGUCAUGACCUCUGUCCUCGAAGAACUUGAAGAGUCUGAAAAGAGGUGCCCAACCUGUUUCACUAACUUGGCUCAGAAGUAUCUGAUCUGGGAGUGCUGCCCCACAUGGGUGAAGCUCAAGAUGCAUCUGUUUGGGAUUGUGACAGACCCCUUUGCGGAGCUCACCAUCACGUUGUGCAUUGUGGUGAACACUGUCUUCAUGGCCAUGGAGUACCACGGCAUGAGCUACACCUUUGAAACCAUGCUACAGACAGGCAACAUUGUUUUUACUGUAUUUUUUACUGCUGAAAUGGUCUUCAAAAUCAUUGCCUUCGAUCCUUACUAUUACUUCCAGAAGAAGUGGAAUAUCUUUGACUGCAUCAUCGUCACUGUGAGCCUAACGGAGCUGGGCUUUGCCAAGAAGGGAAGCCUGUCUGUGCUGCGGACCUUCCGAUUGCUGCGGGUCUUCAAGCUGGCCAAGUCCUGGCCAACCUUAAACACGCUCAUUAAGAUCAUCGGAAACUCAGUAGGGGCACUGGGGAACCUCACCAUCAUCCUGGCCAUUAUUGUCUUUGUCUUCGCUCUGGUUGGCAAGCAGCUUCUCAGGGACGAUUAUUACAAAAACCGUCACAAAAUCUCCGCAGCUGGUGAAGACUGGCCCCGCUGGCACAUGUAUGACUUCUUCCACUCCUUCCUUGUCAUAUUCCGGAUCCUUUGUGGGGAGUGGAUCGAGAACAUGUGGGCCUGCAUGGAAAUCAGUUCAAGAUACAUAUGCCUCAUCCUUUUCUUGAUGGUGAUGGUGCUGGGGAACCUGGUGGUACUCAACCUGUUCAUCGCCUUGCUGCUCAACUCUUUCAGUGCUGACAACCUCACAGCCCCAGAAGACGAUGGGGAAGUGAACAACUUGCAGUUGGCACUGGCACGGAUUCAGGCAUUUGGCCGUCGGACCAAGCAAGCCCUCUGUAACUUCUUCCACAGGCCCUGCCUGCUCCCCUGGCCCAAGGCAAAACCCCAGCUGGUGGUGAAACUCCCACUUUCCAGUUCCAGAGUUGAUGGUGCAGUGGGGAGCCCUGGAGGGGUCCCAGCACCCAGAGGGCCCAAGGAUGAACAUAGUGACUUCAUCACCAAUCCCAAUGUGUGGGUCUCUGUGCCCAUUGCUGAAGGUGAAUCUGAUCUUGAUGACUUGGAGGAUGAUGAUGGAGAGGAUGCUCAGAGUUCCAGACAAGAAGUGGUCCCCAAAGCUCAGCAGGAGCAGCUGCAACAAGUCAGGAGGUGUGAGGACCACCUGGUACCUAGGAGCCCAGGCUCUGGGAUGUCCUCUGAGGACCUGACUCUGUACCUGGGAGAGAACUGGAAAGACAGGGCCACUCACCAGGACCCUGCACAGGGAGUGGAUGACACAAGCUCAUCAGAAGGCAGCACAGUGGACUGCCCAGAUCCUGAGGAGAUCCUAAAGAAUAUCCUUGAGCUGGCAGGUAUCCUUGAAGAGCCAGAUGACUGCUUCACAGAAGGCUGCAUGCACCGCUGCCCCUGCUGCAGAGUGGAUACCACCAAGGUUCCGUGGGGCAUGGGCUGGCACGUGCGCAAGAUCUGCUUCCGCAUCGUGGAGCACAGUUGGUUUGAGAGCUUCAUCAUCUUCAUGAUCUUGCUCAGCAGUGGGUCGCUGGCCUUUGAAGACUAUUACCUUGAACAGAAGCCUACAGUGAAAGCCUUGCUGGAAUACACCGACAAUGUGUUCACAUUUAUCUUUGUGUUAGAGAUGCUGCUCAAGUGGGUGGCCUAUGGCUUCAAAAAUUACUUCACCAGUGCCUGGUGCUGGCUGGACUUCCUCAUUGUAAACAUCUCAUUGACAAGCCUUAUAGCAAAGAUCCUGGAUUAUUCUGAUAUGGCAUCCAUUAAAGCCCUUCGGACACUCCGUGCUCUGCGGCCACUCCGGGCUUUGUCUCGAUUUGAAGGCAUGAGGGUGGUUGUGGAUGCUCUGGUGGGUGCCAUCCCAUCCAUCAUGAACGUCCUCCUUGUUUGCCUCAUCUUCUGGCUCAUCUUCAGCAUCAUGGGCGUGAACUUCUUUGCAGGGAAGUUUUGGAGAUGCAUCAACACCACCGAUGAUGACUUUUCUCUAGUGCCUUUGUCUAUUGUGAAUAACAAGUCUGAUUGUGAACAGCAAAACCACACUGGCAACUUCUUCUGGGUCAACAUGAAGGUCAACUUUGAUAAUGUUGCAAUGGGUUACCUUGCACUUCUUCAGGUGGCAACCUUCAAAGGCUGGAUGGACAUUAUGUAUGCUGCUGUUGAUUCCCGAGAGGUGGACUGGCAGCCCAAGUGGGAAGACAACGUGUACAUGUACUUGUACUUCGUCGUCUUCAUCAUUUUCGGUGGCUUCUUCACACUGAAUCUCUUUGUCGGGGUCAUAAUUGACAACUUCAAUCAACAGAAGAAAAAGUUAGGGGGCCAGGACAUCUUCAUGACAGAGGAGCAGAAGAAGUACUACAAUGCCAUGAAGAAGCUGGGCUCUAAGAAGCCCCAGAAGCCCAUCCCACGGCCCCUGAACAAGUACCAAGGCUUCAUCUUUGACAUUGUGACUAGACAAGCUUUUGAUGUCACAAUCAUGGUCCUCAUCUGCCUCAACAUGAUCACUAUGAUGGUGGAAACUGAUGACCAGAGUGAAGAAAAGACAAAAAUCCUCAGCAGAAUCAACCAGUUCUUUGUGGCUGUCUUCACCUGCGAGUGUGUCAUGAAGAUGUUCGCCCUGAGGCAUUACUACUUCACCAAUGGCUGGAAUGUAUUUGACUUCAUUGUGGUGGUUCUCUCCAUUGGGAGCCUGGCACUUUCUGCAAUCAUGAAAUCUCUUGAAAGUUACUUCUCUCCAACACUCUUACGUGUCAUCCGCCUGGCCCGAAUUGGCCGCAUCCUCAGACUGAUACGAGCAGCCAAGGGGAUCCGGACUCUGCUCUUUGCCCUGAUGAUGUCUCUGCCUGCCCUCUUCAACAUUGGGCUGCUUCUCUUCCUCGUCAUGUUCAUCUACUCCAUAUUUGGCAUGGCCAGCUUCCCCCAUGUGAGGUGGGAGGCUGGCAUCGAUGACAUGUUCAACUUUCAGACCUUCGCCAACAGCAUGCUGUGCCUCUUCCAGAUCACCACGUCGGCCGGCUGGGAUGGCCUCCUCAGUCCCAUCCUCAACACGGGGCCCCCAUACUGUGACCCCAAUAAGUCCAGCAGCAAUGGGACUAAGGGGGACUGUGGAAGCCCAGCUGUGGGCAUCAUAUUCUUCACCACUUACCUCAUUAUCUCCUUCCUCAUUGUGGUCAACAUGUAUAUUGCAGUAAUUCUGGAGAACUUCAAUGUUGCCACAGAGGAGAGCACGGAGCCCUUGAGCGAGGAUGACUUUGACAUGUUCUAUGAGACGUGGAAGAAGUUUGACCCGGAAGCCACUCAGUUCAUUACCUUCUCUGCCCUGUCAGACUUUGCAGACACCCUCUCUGGCCCCCUACGAAUCCCAAAACCCAAUUGGAAUAUAUUAAUCCAGAUGGACCUGCCAUUGGUCCCUGGAGAUAAAAUCCACUGUUUGGAUAUACUUUUUGCCUUCACCAAGAAUGUGCUAGGAGAAUCUGGGGAGUUGGAUUCUCUGAAGGCAAAUAUGGAAGAGAAGUUUAUGGCAACUAAUCUUUCAAAGUCAUCCUAUGAACCAAUAGCAAACACCCUGCGGUGGAAGCAAGAAGACAUCUCAGCCACUGUCAUCCAAAAGGCCUAUCGGAGCUAUGUGCUACAUCGUUCCACGACAGUCCCCAAAGCCUCAGGUGUGCGAAGGGCUGAGGAGGAGGCUGUGUCACCCACAGAUGAAGGCUUUGUUACACUGAUGGCAAAUGAAAAUUGUGUUCUCCUAGACAAAUCUGAAACUGCAUCUGCCACAUCUUUCCCACCAUCUUAUGACAGUGUCACCAGAGGCCUUAGUGAUAGAGCCCACAUGAGCACAUCUAGCUCAAUCCAGAAUGAAGAUGAAGCCACCAGUAAGGAAGCCACUGCCCCAGGCCCCAGUGAGGACAAUCCAGCAUGA